GUCAUAUGAUCGAUUUAUAAUUCCUUAUACUACUGUUCGCUAUUCCCUUCAUUCGCAAAGAUGGCUAGUCAGACGCAAGGUAUUCAACAACUUUUAGCAGCCGAAAAACGUGCUGCUGAAAAAGUUGCGGAAGCUAGAAAGCGUAAAGCUCGUAGAUUAAAGCAAGCUAAAGAAGAAGCUCAAGAUGAAAUUGAGAAAUAUAGACAGGAACGAGAAAAACAGUUUCGUCGAUUUGAAGCCAAGCAUAUGGGUUCAAAAGAAGAUGUAGCUGCACGUAUUGAAGCUGAUACCAGAGUGAAGAUUGAUGAAAUGAAUAAAGCCAUUUCUGUGCACAAAGAUACAGUAAUGCAUAAAAUCUUGGAGUUGGUGUACGACAUUAAGCCACAAUUGCACGUGAAUUAUCGCAUAGAAAUGUAAACUCUAAGAAAUGUAUUCAAUGAUUAUAAAUACUACAUUUUAUGCUAUACAUGUACAUUAAAUAUUCUUUGCUAUAUCAUAUCUUAAAACAUAUUUAUCACCGUUAUAUCAUAUGUUGAUCAAGAAAUCUAUAUAUAUGUGUACUGUUUAGACAGUCAUAGACAGUAAUAUUUAAAUUCUUAGAGUCUUUUCUGCAAUCAUUACGCGACAAUAAAUGUAACUGUAACUAUGUUAUUACCAAGCUUCAACCACCAAUAUAAACAGUCACAGAAUUAGCACAGUAAUGAGAAUGGUAGAAGUUUAGAUACAGAAAUGUUCUCUACCUGCCGUUUCAGGGCCUAGGGACGACAGAUAGAAGUUUAAACAUGGAUAUUUAUUAUUACAGUUUAAGGUGGUGGUAACAAAUUGUACAAUGUUAAUGUAUGUUGGUAGAUGUCAUUCCAUGAUCUAUAACAUCGAGGACAAAAUCAUAUUUGUGUCAUCUACAACCUCUCUAGGUUUACAAAUAAGCUCCCAAUCCAAUGUAAACCUUGCGACGAUGUAGAAAUAUAAUAUUCCUUAAAUAUUA